AAAAAUCUGAAAAGAUAACUAAAGGAUUACCAUGUAGAAAGUAGCAACCUAGAGAAAAUGAGUGUAUAUAAAUUCGCAAUGGAUGCAUAGGUGGUUAUGCACACAAGAAGUAACUACACAUUAAGCUUAAGCUUCUCUUGUUUAAAACAUAUUAUCAAGGAGGUUACGUAGCAAGUUAAGGGAAAAUGGCUUCAAGACAGGCAUCAAUCUCAAGGAAUGACCAUGAUGAGAAAGAAAUUGUGCUUGCGAUGGUAGAGAAGUCAAAGAGCAUUGGAAAAUCUAAAUCCAAGAAUGUUGUGAACAAACAGAGUUUGGCUCAAAACAGUGCGGUUGUCACCAUAAACAACACCACCACUGGACUAAUCAACUUUAACCAAUCUUACGAUUGGGCAGGGAGUAUCGUUGGUGACACAUAUCCCGUAGGUAUUUUCUCUGGGAAGCCAGGUACCUUCACCCAUGCUGGACAAACUAAAGACGGCUCCCAAGGAGCAGUAGUUUACUCUGGAAAUAACAAGCAAGGAAUUCCUUGUGGAUGGCUUUUGGCUUGGAUUGCACCCACCAAUAACUCAACGACCACUCCUAAUAGGGUGUAUGUUGAGUGUGGCCCGGUCGCUAACUAUGAUAUCAUAAACUGGAUCGCAAUCAAAUCUAAGCUCAAUGUAGCAAACGACUACGACAACUACUUUGAUCCAGCUACUCAGACCACCAUUGCUGCCCAGCUUACUCCAAGCGGUGGUUUUGCUGCUCUUGGUGCAAAUUUUGGAGCUAUAGUGCAGAAUUGUGCGAGUGCCGUGAUGAAUAAUGAUAGCAAGAGCAUAACAAUGGUGUUAUACCAGAGUUAUGAUUGGUAUGGUAGUGUAUCGGGUCCGUAUCCCUAUGGUAUUACCCCCAGUAAUUACUCUCAGUUUGUGCAUCGUGCGGAUCUUACAAAUGGUUCCAAGGGCGCGGUGGUGUACUAUGGCACAAUUAAUCCAACAACUGAAGGUGCCUGGCUCUUGGCUUGGUCUGCGCCCACUGGCACCGAUUCAAUUCCUCCAAACAAUCAGGUGUACGUUGAAACUGGAAAAAAAGAGGAGUACAAGAACACAAAUUGGACACAGAUUCAAGAGAAGCUAGAUAAAUGUAGCAGCAAUAGUAACUAUAAGGAUCCAAUAACGGGAUGCUUCGCUUCUGCAGAAAUUUACCGAAACAACAACACCGCAGUUGUUGUUGCACAUUUCAACUAGCUUGUGAAUUGUGACCAAAUUAGCUGCCUGUGACAUGCCGUAACUAAAUUUGAUGCUGAAUUAUCGUACGUUAUAAAGAAUAUGUAAUAAAAUAAAAUAAUGAUCGUCCUUAAUCGUACCGCAUAUUUUUAAUGCUACAACAGUGUGUAUAACUUGUGAUAUGCUUUUUUAUGUAAUCUAACACUAUAUAUCUAUACAACAUUGAGAAUUUUCAAGAGUA